AUGCCAUCAUUUUUUUUGCAUUCUUUUUUGCUGAAUAACAGACUGCUCAAUGAGAAUCACCUUCAGUCAAUCAGUGAUGAGGCGUUCCAAGCCCAGAGACAGCUUGAUAUAUUGUAAGUAUAGUCCGGUUUACUGAAAAGAUGUGGUGAACGACCCAAGAAUAAAAAGUAGUUACGUCGUAUUGUUACAACUUCUAUAAAGAGGGAAAAGCCAUUAUGAAUAAAAUGAAUAAAAGCGGCCAUUUAACCAUUACAUUUCUAGUGGCUUCUUAUAAGAACCAUUCUCAUUUUUACAAAAUGUAAUUCCACCAAGGUUAUGGGUCGCGGACCAACAAUCAGGGACAAAAGUAGUUGACAUACUUGUUUAAAACAAGGGCUUUUAACAAAAAUUUAAUUCAUUUAUUGUUUCAUUCCUUUUAAACGCCGUAAAUCCCCUCCCCCCCCGAGUCAAUGUUGCCUGAAGAAAAAAAAAAGACUUGGGGGGGGGGGGUAGGGGUAGACAGGGGAAGGGGAUAAGUAUAUCAACUAUGCAAAAAGGGGCCAUUUUACGGAAGUGUGUCAACACUUUUGUCCCUCAUUGAAGCACAAAUACGCGAAAUUUGGUUAUAUUUUUUCAAGAGUCGGUAAAACAAAAAAUUCGAAGUUUACAACGAUGUGCUACCAACGGCAGAAAAAGGUUUAUCUGAAAACGUGUUCUGCAAAAGGCACGUCUUUCCGUUGCGUUUAAUUUAUUCACAAGCUAAGUAAACAUGACCACGGUGCCGCCGAAGUCCAAACUUCAAGCUAGAACGACAAAUUAACCUACCUGUCAAAAAACCUUAAUUUCGCUCCUUCAAAGAAACAAAGAAUGCUUAUAAUCAAUAAAUCACUGGACCUUUUAUUUUUCACCGCAUUUUAUUUCUCGACGAAAUAUUUCAUCAUGCUGCAGCUCGGAAAAGUCGCGGACCAAGGACCACAUACUAACUGUGCAAGUCACUCUCUAACAUUUCCUGCACCGAUCAGUCUUCAACCAAGCUUCUGGCCAUGGGCUCCCGUAAACAACAGAGAAAGCCCCUCUCUCGACAACCCUCAUAUUCUCGUCGUUAGUAUCACUGAGCGUUACAGCAGGAAUACCAAUAUUUGCCAGCUUUGUAGCUUGAUCUUUCAUAAGAUGUACCAGGGGCGAAACAACAACAACAAUAUGUUCAGUACUUCCACGCACUGCGUCGCAAACAAGCGGCAAAGCUUGAUAGAUAAGGGAUUUGCCAAAUCCCGUCGGCAAAUUUAUGAACUCAUCAGUCUUCUCUAUAAAAUUUGCUGGAUAGCUUCUCUCUGAUACUUGUUUAACUCUGUAUUUAUUACAAAUUUCUCGCACACCCGAUCAAAAGCCUCACUGAUCGUGCGAAUCUGAACAAGCGGCUCAGGUUACGUUUUAAAAAAAUCUUUAAACAGCCUGUGAUUGGUGAACGUAAAUGUCCGGUGUGUUUAGCAGACGUCCGUGGGGGAGAAAUGAAUGCAGACGAACAAACCCCAAAGGACGUCUGCGUGGAGGCUAAUAAGGGAGCAGAUUCCAGACUCUAAUACCCUUGGGAAAAAUGGACAAUUGAAAACUGAGACAUUUGCCUGUAAUUGGCAAUAGGUACGUUGGUGAGAUCUAGUAGACCUGAUUUUGUGCGUAGAUUUAACUGGACUAGGAGUUUGACAGUUUACUAAAUUAUAAUGAAAUUUAUAACAAAAGCACUGAUUGGUUGAACUAACGCCUGUGUUCGAGAGUAUCUCAGCCUAAGGACUUAAAAUGGCUAGAAGUACUUGUUGCAAUGUUAUAGUCGUUGCAUACAAAGAGAGAGCCGCAUUCUUCUGAAUUUGUUCAAGGCGUUUUAUGUCUGUGUCAGAGUAAUGAUUUCACGAAGAGGAGAAAUAUUUAAGCGUAGGUCUAACCAGUGUCAGAUAAGAUUUCUCUUUAACCUCUACGCUGCAGGGUCUCAGUGAUCCUCUUAUAAGACCAAGGGACUUAUUUGCCUUUGCAGCUAUCUUAGAGCAGUGAGCACCCCAGCGAAGGGUUUCGAUACACGUAACCCCCAGAAAGUCCCAUUCAGGGACUCUUGUUAAUGCAUCGGAAUUUGCAGUAUAUAUGAAGUUGGAGGGUUCCCGUUUCUUUGUAAUACAAAGUAGAUGGCACUUAGUUACGUUAAAGUCAAUCUUUCAAUCAGAAGCCCAUUUAGUUAGGUUAAGUAGAUCUUCCUGGAGCACUUGAUGGUCAUGUAGGGAAUUAAUGGUCAUUUAAAACAUAGUGUCAUCAGCGAAAAGACGUAAUUGUGAAUUUGUUACGUGGGUGAUAUCUUUAUGAACAACAGGAAGAGAGUCGGACCCAAAACGGAGCCCUGUGGAACACUAGAGGUAACAGGAGUAGUGGUUGAAUGAGUGCCGUCUACGACCACAAAUUAGGUACGAUUAUGAGAAAAGCGGCAAUCCAAGCAAGCGUCAUUAAUGCAUUAAUCAUCAAUGCUGCAGUGGGCUAACUUGCGCAGUAAUUUAGUAUGGAGAAAUACAACAGAAGGGCAUCAACUUGGCCAUGCUGAUUUAAGGUGUUGUCCCAGUCAUAAAACGUCAGAACUAGCUGGGUUUCACAGGACAAAUUAACACGGAAGCAAUGUUGUAGAUGAGACAAUUAAUUUUUGUCAGACAGAUGUUAUUCAGGUUGCUAAGCACAAUAUGCUCCAUCACCUUAUAGCAGAGGAACGUAAGGGAUAUGGGCCGAUCAUUAGCUGGGUUUUCCUUGCUUGAUUUCUUGUGGACAGAACAUGAACCAUAGCUGUUAACCAGUAGUUUGGUAAGGUGCCUGUAUCAGAGCCUUGCUGGAAAAUGAAUGUCAACAUGCUUGAAAUCUCAGCGGAUUCUGGGCCAGCUGACUUUGAUGGAUUUAAUGAGGCAAGCUCUUUCAGAACACAAUUGGGGGGAAACACCAUGUCCCGAAUUUUAAUAAUAUAAGAAGGAAUGGAUGGGGAGAAGGCUGGAAGCAAGCCUUUGUCUUUUGUGAACACACUUUGUAAAUAGUCAUUUAAGGCUUCUGUCUUAUCUUUGUCAGAGAUAAAUAUUGAGUCUCUUUGGCGCAACAUAGGUAUGCCAAAGUUCUGAGACCGCAAGCGUUUGAUGUAGCUCUAAAAUCGUUUGGAAUUUUUCUCUAGGCUACCCCCAAUCAAAUUAUUAAGAGAAUCAUUGUGGGCUGUCUUAAGUAAUUUCACCACUCUGUUUCUUUGGCAGCGAUAUUCAAGCCACGCUGGUGAGCGUUUGUCACCCGUGCGCCUUGCUUUUUAUGAGAAGGCUGUCCAGUUUAAGCAUUUGACGCUUAAUUGAUAUUGUAGUCCAGGGAAGCGAAAUUCUUAAGGUUGACAUUUUUGAGGAGACAUGCUUAUCAACUGCUACAGUGAAUAUGUUCUUGAAGAAUGACCAGUUUUCCUCCAGGUGACUAUGGGCACAGCGAGUGGAAAAUUCGGAAGCACCUUUUGAGACAUCUUGACGAAAUUUAAGACUGAGUCCAGUGUCUCAAGCGAUACAGGGCGGGUGGGAAUAGUAACUUAUUGUAUAGGAGCGUGGUAAGUAUCACCUUCACUCGAAGACUAGGGUUCUAAGCCCGCAUAUGUAAAAUGGGAGAGUUGAUGAAAAAUAGAUUGAAGUACCCCUAGCAUGGCGAACCACUAUAUGAGCGGACCAUUAUAUGAGUGCCUACACCAAGCAAUUACCCUUUUUUUCUUCCUUCUGCCUGCUAAUCUGGAUUCUAACUUGAGCUUUAGCAGUGAAAAUGACUACUGCACCUAAUGCCUUCAUUCUCUAACGGGCACAGGAUGGAUAAAGGCUGACUAUCCUUGGUGUUUCUGUGACCUGCCACUGUGUAUAGGCAUUGGUGCAUUGUAGGAAAAGUGAUAACAAGCUGGGCGAUCUCAUGUCUUUAAAUGACUAGCGUUUAUUUCCCUUGUAAUAACGACUACACUUCAAGUAAACUUAAGAUUUUAUUGUCCAUUGUUUAACACAUUUUUGGCUAAGAUGCUUGGUUUUAGGGUGGUGCAAAUUCGUGAUGCUGAUUAAACUAGGAACAACUCGACUCAUAAAAACUCUUCAACACUUUCACAGUAACUAAUUUCAGUACAGGCAAAAUAAAGAAAAGAAAGUCUACUUGGUUUUUUAGGUGAAUUGUAUUUUCAGUAGUUUUAGAAAGGCUUCUUUUCAAUUUCAGACGUAGGUGACAAGUGGCUUUUAGUGAAAAUAAAAUAUGCGUUCGUACAGUCACAGCCAGCAAUCGAUCCUGGAAACAUCCAUUCCUGAAAUACCCUCGGAGAAAGGAUUAAAACGAUACAUGUCUGAAAAUAUGUUUGAGGGAGCGGGAAAUGGAUAUUCACUUUGUACCGGACUAUUACGUCUUAGCAGAAGAUCCCCUAGUUUAUGUUCAAGAUCUUACGAACUAGUCCAAGAGAGAAUAAUUGUACCUGUCCAGUUAUUUUCUCCCCUAGUAAUCCCCUCAAGUAGCUCACAAACUUAGGGAAAGUUUCUCGUCUUACAAUGUAUUGGAAGAACUGAUUGGUCACUUGAUUACUGGCGUUUCGACUAGCAGCUUUUUAUAUACUGACACCUACGCAAUUCAUUCUUUAGAGUGCUUUCAGAUAAUCCUAUCAAGACUAUUGGGCAUCGGGCCUUCAGUAUCCCAGAUGGGCAGGUCGUGAUGUAAGUGAGAGGAUUUGUAUUAUUUAUGACUGGUUCAUAACUUGCGCCCAAGUAGUAGUAGUCAGUAAUAGUAGUAGUAGCAAAACUUCAUUUGAAAUCGGAUUGAAGAGUAGCACAUAAAGGCUAGUAUUUCCUAGAGAUAUCUGUAAUAUUAAUUUAAUUACACAGAAUAAUCUUGAAGUAUAAAAAAUAUUAUAUGUAUAUACAUGCUAAUAAAAAAGUAAGAAUAAGUAAUCAAGCUUUAUAAAAUAACUAUGAUAGUACGCUCGUUCUGAUUGAAUAAAAGCGUAUGGUUUAUUGUUCUUGUAAACUCAUAGAAAACUUCAGGUUAUUUUAUAAAAGCAAUAUAACACACUUUCUAUGAGUUGACCGGCGAGAUAACCCACUUGAGAUGUUGGGAGAACACUCGCAAAGCUCUUUACAAGCUUUUCUCGUGUUCUCCCAACAUCCCGCCCGCGAGGGUUAUAACGCCUGUAAACCCAUAGAACGUGUGGUCUAUUGCUUAAAUAGGUGACAAAGUUCAGAUAAACGAACAUUAUUUGUAAAGUGAGCUAUGCUAGCGGUAGUUUUAAGAUCAUGAAGAUGAUCUGAACUGCGGAAAUACAAAUUUUUAAUGAAGAUGUGAUGGUCGCAGUGGUUAUUGCAAUUUAAGCUAUUGCAAAUAAACCCGAAAAAUGUUUUCGGUACUUCAACGGGAUUUGAACCUAUGGCUUCUGCGUUAGCGCUGCAGUGCUCUACCAUUUGAGCUAUGAAGACCCACACAUUGGGGGCAGGCCAAUUUGUUGAGUUCAUCUUAUCUAAGAUGAUAUGAACUGCGGAAAUACAAAUUUUGAANUCAACGGGAUUUGAACCUAUGGCUUCUGCGUUAGCGCUGCAGUGCUCUACCAUUUGAGCUAUGAAGACCCACACAUUGGGGGCAGGCCAAUUUGUUGAGUUCAUCUUAUCUAAGAUGAUAUGAACUGCGGAAAUACAAAUUUUGAAUGAAGGUAUGAUCGUCGCAAUGAAGAUAAGGUCAUCAUCUAAAGUCUAAACUAUAUUAUAGUUUGGGUGCUAAAAAUUUGAAAGAGGGUGUGCCAUAAAAGAUGGUCUUGACAAGUGGCAACUGCAAAUUGUUUUUACCUCUAAGCUGAGUGCUAGUUCCAGAUACAAGUAGUGCUGAUAUCUAGGUAAGUGUGACAGCUUGAAAGAACUUGAAAAGAAUAAUUAACAUUAAGAAAUGAUUAUGGGAACAAACAGUAGUGUUAAUAGAUGAUACUAACAAACGUUUCAAUUAACUUUUCCGUCCUUUGCAGAUUCAUGAUUCGCACUCAGUUAAAAGCAGUGAGCCUCCGAGUCUUCUUUUUUCCCGAUUUUCAUAACCUAACUACCGUCAUGUAAGUACGAUUCGUAUAUAACCAGAACUGUUGCAGAAAAUGGCCAAUAUAUAUAAGAGGGCCCUUUUAAGAAUCUAUAUUAUAAGCCUAUACACUCGUAUUUUUAUCAGGAUUCACACUCGAUCACUGCGCUCACUCGUUCAAUUUCGGAUACGUAAACAGCUUGUGAAACCCUACACGCGCGCGCUUUUAAUGACGUAUUCUAUAUAAAACUCAGUUGGUGUUCCCGCUUAUCAGUUAGUACGCUCGUAGGGAAUCGGGCUUUGAUGUCAAUAAUAAAGACUUAACUGUCCAAUUUUCGUUUUCUUUUGUAGAACCAUGAAUGGUGGUCAAAUUGGUACCAUGAAGUUUUUGGAUUCACUUCAACAAGAGCGCUGCACUUUUUAUCUGUUCGUAACUUUCUUUUAUACCGUAAUACUAUAUUCUAAUAUGCGGUUGCAUUGUCUUUGACCUUCAUUUACUGGGUUACUAUAGCUUCAUGCAUCACCUCGAUGCAAACUACACUAAAGAGAUGAAGUUAAAAUUUUCUCAUUUUCUCUACUCUCACUUUGAGGUAUAGGUGAAUCUGUAUUUUUGUCCCUUUUCUGCCUCAUUUUUAUAUCCUGGUCAUUCUCCGAUCAAGCUGUUAUAAAUAUCACCUUUCUUAACUUGAGAUAGUGUUGCAAUUGAAGUCAAAUCUUUCGUAAGCGACUACCCAAAAGCCAAGCUGUAGUGGUCACCUUAGGAGGAGGUCGCUAACGAGAAUCGAAUCAAAAGUGGUCUCUUCUGAAAACAGGGGUGGACACAUCUACCUCUUGGAAGGGAAUUUUCCUACAGGCAAUUUCUAAGGUACGAUGAGUGUUCUCCCAUUUGAUUCAAGUUCUUGUUAUUCAGAUCACGUGUAUGAUUUUAGACCAAAUUGCACAUCACUCAGUUACAAAAAUCACGAAAAGAGUAACAGCUUUAAAAAGCUCAUAAAGGGAUUUUGAAACAAUGACUUGCUUGCUGAAUGUACGAUGCUACAGAAAAUUUUAAAGAAAGUGAACGUCUGGAACUCUUUGGAAAAUACUUGUCUUAACACCUGAUGCGAACGUGUGGCCGUAUCAAAUUGACCCACAGAGAUCCCAUGCAACGUUUCACAGAGUGGGAGAUUUUCGCAUACGAGAGAAGGUCGCCCAUGAUGGUGCGAGUAUAUUAAAUUAGUUAUCUUUGAACAUUUAGGCCAAUAUACAUGUAUCGAAUAGCUUCAUUUAAAAACUCGUUAACUCAUGUGCCCUCCUCCCUUUAGCAAUUUUGCAGAUUUUGAUGACAGCUAUUUUCUUGGAUAUUACGUAGUUAUUAUUCAACUUCACUCAGUAGAUUACAAAUAACACCCAAAACGAGUGAAAUAUCUCAUGAUAUUUGUACUCCAGAAGACCGGUUUGACCGGUUUUCUACGAACGUCGCACAAAGCAGAAAAUACAUCGUUUCCCGAAAUUCAAAGGUUGAGUAAAACCGUGCUUUUAGGUUAA